AUGGCGGCGGGGGUCGUGGGGUUCCGUGGUUUGCUGCUGGGCUUGUGGUGGGUGUGGGCGGCUGUGUGGGGGCAGUGGCCCUGCUGCUCCUUCGCCGCAGCAGCAGCAGCAGAGGGCGCAGCAGCAGCGGGCCCCUCAGCAGCAGCAGCAGCAGCAGCAGCAGUGGUGGCGGCAGUGGGGGGCCAGCUGCGGGACCGGAACUUGCCGGGUACAGACCCGGACUCGGACGCAGCAGCAAGGCUGCGGGAGCAGCCAGGGCCCAGCAGCUGGCAGCAGCAGCACCUGCUGCAGCAGCGGCAGCUGCUGCUGCAGUGGCAGCAGCUGGCCCCAGUCUACUUCUACCGGCGGAGCUGCGGGAGCGGCCCGCGAGCGCGGCAAGUGGUGGCCCGUGUGGGGCGCUUCGCGCUGCAGCAGCUGCUGCAGCAGCAGCAGCAGCAGCAGCAGUUCCUGCGCUAUCUCCGCUGGCUCUUCGAGGCCUACUGGCGCAGGAUUGCCCCCGUCUACAGGCUCGAGCCCCCGCUGCUGCUGCUGCUGGACUUCGAGGGUUUUGGCUGGCGUGCUGCGCUGCAGCUGUCUUGGGGCUUCAAGUCUUUGCUGCAGCAGCUAAAUGCUGCGCUGCAGGGCGUGGCUGGCCGCGGCUGGGCUGCUGCUUUCGUGCUGCACCCCCCCUGCUGCUUCGGGACUCUUUUUAAAGCUUUUAAAAGCUUUGUCAAGUUCAGAAAUAAAGGUAUUUUAAUUGUUUCCGACGAAGUUUCAAAAAUAAAACUCAAGAAAAGAGUUGGAGAGAAGUGCCUGUGGCAGGGCUUCGGGGGGAGCUCGCUGCUGCCGCUGGAUGCUGCGCCGGCCCAUGCUGCGCUGCGCAGCUUUGCUGCUGCUGCUGCUGCUGCAGCAGCAGAUCCGGAGGCUUUUCGGCUGCAGCGGGAGGCCGAGGACUUCCCGCCGCAGCACGCCAUUGAGGCGCUGCAGCUGCUGCUGCAGCACGAGGCUGCUGCUGCUGCUGCGGACGCCGCUGCUGCCGCCGACAGGGCUGCUGCUGCUGCUGCUGCUGCGGCCGACGCCGACAAGGUCGCACACCACCCCCAAGACGCAGCAGCACACGCUGCUGCUGCUGCUGCUGCUGCUGCUGCUGCCCACGCCGCAGACGUCGCCGCAGCUGCUGCGGAAAACGCGGCUGCUGCUGUCGAGGAUAUCGCGCCGGUCGACCCCGAAGCAGCAGCAGCAGCAGCAGCUGCUGCUGCUGCUGCUGCUGCUGCUGACGCUGACGCAGACGCAGACGCAGACGCAGACACGCAGCCCCCAAGCGACUGCGAAGACGACGAGUAG